ACUCAUUUUUUCUUCUUCGUCUAUUUGAGAGAAUGUCUUCGUUGGACUAUGUUGUCCAGUAAACAGUCUCCAAGGAACACAAAGGACAUGGCACCUGAACCAAUAGGUUUACUGGUCAAAAUGCGCAAGAGCCUUGGUGGUGGGAAACAACAUCGCAGGAACAGCGAUGACCUCAGUCACGCAACUCGCAGCCGUCCUUUGUCUGUCCCGCAAGUGGACGCUGACACAGUCAUGUCCUACAUGCGAGAAUCGUCGCUUGAGAAAGCAGGCACGGUGAGGUACAGCUCGUUAACAACGGCUCCUAACGGACUCACUGACUCCGCGCAGGUCACACAUACAUGUACAAACGGGAAACUUCCCAAUGGCGUUAAUUGCAAAACAGAUGAGAACGCUAAUAAACAAGACGGUGGUGCUCAUCAGCCCAAGAAGUCAAACUCCAGUAUCUUUGAGAAGCAGGGAGCGCGCCCUAAAGUGCGGAAGAGUUCAAAGGGUGAUGUAGCAAAUCUUGUUGAUGUAGCAAGCAAAGGUGCAUCCCUUGAUGGAGAGAGAUGUAAACCUCAAGGGACACCUGCUUCUCUCCCCUCUGUGGAAAUGGAUCAAUCUUGUCUCCCUGCCCACAAUACCGACUAUGACAGCAAUUCCAAAAAUUCAGGAUGUCCUACUGGAAAGGCUACCAGUGAUGUAACUUCUGAUUCAUUUCAAAUGAGUAAACAAACAGUUCCUUGUAGCAAACCAGCUGUGCUCCCACCACCAAGGGACAUCACUUCAAAAGGAAGCGCUCCCAUGAACAUUUAUAUGGAAGCGGAGGUCCCUCCUGCUUUCCAGGACGAAGUAAGUAUGAAAACUCUUGAGAACAUGAAAGAACUGGAGUCAAGAAACCCUCCAUCUGAGAGACCUCUUAGUGUGUCUCGUCUUGGAAGAUCGGUCUCUCCUGCACAGCAGGUACCGGAGGAGUUGCUAGUUUCAGCAUGUAUGCCGUAUACACAGGUAGAAGAUGAGACAUCUGAGGAAGGGAAUGGAGAGCCAUUACCAGCAGAUCUGAAAUACAGUAAGUCACAAGGUGCUCUACUCACAGAAGAAUCACAGGCACACCAAGUCGACGCUCCUCCUGUCAGGCCCACCGCGACACCCAACAUCUAUCAGUCACAGACAUUUCCUUGUAAUCAAUACUCCAACACGUAUUUCAAUGGGGAUGUGACCACUAACAAUGAGGCUGCAGUGGGAGAUGGGAGUUCAGAAUCCGAGGGAACGCUGGACCAAUCUGCGAGUAAGAGUGUUGCAAGUUCAGACGUUAAAGACGAUCCACAAUCUUGCUCUGACAAAAAGCAUUGCUGUACAUGCACAUGUGGUAAUAAAACACAUCCGUACAUGUUUGUUCAGAGUGACCGUAGUUACAAGAAGACGUCCCUUGUGCUUGAAAGCAUUCCUCUCGCCAUGGAAGAGGAGCUGGGCUCACCACCGAAGGCUAGAACGCCGCAUAUCGCCAUGAUCAUCAACAGCAAUAGCAUGUUUUUAGAUGCAGACUCUCCGGUGAAGCAACUGUCCCAGCAAGACUUGGACAUGAUUAUCAAAUGGAAUAACUUCUCCCUUGUGCAAGAGACCAAGGAAUCAAGCAAAGAGGAAGAAGACCAGAAAGACUGUACUGACACCACAAGGGCCUUUGCUGCGAUGAAAAUGUCUGAGGAAGAAAUCAGCUCUCCUCCUGACAAGGUUCUCCCGGACAAUCUCCAAGACGUCUUGGGAGCAGCUGGGGGUGUUGAUACCAAUGAGACAUCAGCACCAAGGGUCGAUAGAAGCUCCAAGCCCAAGGGUUUGAAGAAACUCCCAGAUGAUGAUGAUGAAGAUGAUCACCAUAAAGAUGAGGAGGACCCUCCUCCGCUUCCCCCAAGAAUGCCAUCAACACCCAGCAGCCAGAGCGACAGCAUGCGCAGAACCAUGUCUGCGUUCCCGUACAUGGACGAUGACGACGACGACAUCCCAACGCACGAGUUCCUGAGUGACAUCGGACUGGAUUUCGACCCGGACACCAAAAACAAGAGUAAGUCUCUGCCGAGAAUUGCCACUCAACUUCCAUCGACCUCUCCUCCGGAGAUGAGGGCCAUGAAGAGGGUGAAAACAGUCAACAUGAGGAAUCGGUUCUCCCAAAUGUUCAAGCCGGGUAGUAAGAAGAAGAGGCAUUCAACUCACGGCUUUCCUGAUCGACCUUUGCCUGAUAUACCGCCGCAUCCUAAACUCAAUAAGAUCAAAGAGACUGCAGCGAGACGUCUAUCGUCUUAUGCGAUGACCAACCCUGAUGAGACUGCUACUGCCCAACAGGCUUCUAAAGACGGUUUGUCCAAAGAUGAGGCCAGCAAAUUAGAAGUGGAUAUGGCCAGAAAGCAAUUUGCAGUCAGUCUUCGGAAAAUCAGUGAGUAUGGAUGGUACUGGGGACCCAUGAAUUGGGACGAUGCCGAGGCCCGUCUUGAGAACAUGCCAGACGGUUCAUUCCUUGUCAGAGACAGCUCCGAUGACAGACAUUUGCUCAGUCUCAGCUUUAGAGCGCAGGGUAGUACACAUCACACACGAGUUGAACAUCAAAUGGGAAAGUUUAGUUUCUGGUCGCAACCCUGCAGCCACGGCAGCGCCUCCAUCGUGGAGUUUGUAGAGGAAGCAAUGCGCCACUCACGCAGCGGGCGUGUCCUCUACUUCCUCCGCCCGCGAAAUCCCGGGUUCCCGCCCGCAGCGGUCCAGCUCCUCUACCCCAUCUCACGGUUCCAGAAAGCUCGCUCCAUGCAGCACAUGUGUCGCUUUGUGAUCCGCAAGCACGUUCGCCUUGACCACAUUGACAGUUUACCAUUGCCAAAACGAUUGAAAAGCUAUCUCAAGGAGGCACAAUAUUAUACACAAGACGACAUUCUUCAUUGACCCUUGACUCCUUCUCUGUAAGUAUUUCACAGUCACCUUGGGGAGCACGACAACACGAGUGUAAUGACAACUUGCUGGAGCAACAUGUCACACCAUCUAGAAAACAAAGUUUUUCUUUGCACUCUGCCUAAAGCUUUUGAAUAUGUAUAAUUUUUGAGUUGGCAUUGCAGAAGAUUCUGGGUUUGUUACCUCCUGCAGUCUGUGGCUGUUUAGUAUACCCUUAAGCCUGGUUCAUACUUACGUCACAGCUUCUGUUUCGCUGCAAAUAUUUUGCAGUUGAACACAGCUACCUCUUCCGAUUUAUUUGUUGUGAAUUUAUGACGUCACAAUUCGUACCUCAGGAAGUAUGAACCAGGGGUUACUCUCACUGACCUAGGCUGUCGCUCAGGACGUCCCUACAUGUAGCUAAAGUUAAAUCAUAAAAAUAGCCAAAUCAAGAGAAUACCUGAAUAGCUACAUGUAUACGUAUCAAUUAGGUAGCCUAAAGCUUUUGAAUAUGUAUAAUUUUUGAGUUGGCAUUGCAGAAGAUUCUGGGUUUGUUACCUCCUGCAGUCUGUGGCUGUUUAGUAUACCCUUAAGCCUGGUUCAUACUUACGUCACAGCUUCUGUUUCGCUGCAAAUAUUUUGCAGUUGAACACAGCUACCUCUUCCGAUUUAUUUGUUGUGAAUUUAUGACGUCACAAUUCGUACCUCAGGAAGUAUGAACCAGGGGUUACUCUCACUGACCUAGGCUGUCGCUCAGGACGUCCCUACAUGUAGCUAAAGUUAAAUCAUAAAAAUAGCCAAAUCAAGAGAAUACCUGAAUAGCUACAUGUAUACGUAUCAAUUAGGUAGCAGUGGAACUUUACUAGUUCACUAAGACAAAUUCACCAGGGCCAAGUUUCAUAGAUAGAGCUGCUUAAGUACAAACAGUAGCCAAGCACAACAAAAUCUUGCUUACCAGAAUAAGGUUACCAGGCAAAAUAUGUGUACUAUCUGUAACUGUUAUCAUCUGUAACUGGUAUCCUGCUUAUUUUUGCUGUGCAGAAAAUUCUUAAGCAAUAUUUUCUGGUUAAGCAGCUCUAUAAUUAGGCCCUGAUAAAGGCUUAGAACACACUACAUGUAGUCAAAAUGUUGAGAAAACAAAUCUACGCAUUCAAUUCAGAAACAACUCUCCUUCCAAAAGAGAUGGUGAACCCAUAAGAAUUUAUUGAAUGCGUUAUAUCAGUCAAGAUUAUCAAGCACCAUUGAUAGACUUUGUCUGUAGGCUUGUCUGUAGUGUAAACAUUUUGAGUUCCCAUGUACAUUACUGUAACUUUUGAAGGCAACAAAAAGUGCACUUUAAGAUUUACCCCAGUGUUCUAGUACAGACUGUCACUGUAUAUUUGUCUCAAAAAAAUUGAUUCGAAAACCACCCUUAAAUCAUACACCAAUUUCUCUAACAUCAACAAAAUUAAGCUGACAGGGGCUCAAUGAAUUUUCACUAGGAUCCAACGAUAUUUUGUAAAUAAUAUGUUUUGAUACAUUAUGUAUGUUAUGCAUUUAUGAAGAUUUGUUUACAAGCUCAUGUACUUACAGAGUGCAUAGGGUAGCAUUUCUUUUGAUUAUUGUUUAACGUAAAAACUGCAGCAUUAGUUGUUCAGCAUUAGAUGAAAUGUAUUAACUCAAUUUUCUUUUCUACAGAGAUGCAAAAUUUCAUUAGUGAUUCCAGUGAUCAUUUUAAUUUUUUGAAAAUUUCCCUUCAAAAAUCUUUAUUUGGAGGAUGGAGGGGAGGGAGUCACUCGUAUUGGCGUAUUGGUAAAGAACAAUUUGUCUAUGAACAUCACUUGUGCCUACUGCCUUUUGGUUAAACGUGUGUGCCUGCAUGAAUUAAUCACAAUGAAUCAUGUUUCUGUAGUAAUUAUUUGUGAUUUGUAGAUGUCAGAACCAAGGAUCUGUUUCAAACACUGGGAAACUUUUGGUUUCACAAAACGUUCAUGUACGUAUGCUUUAUGCUCAUCACGUAAGGACACCAAUAAUUAUGUGGAACAGUGUAGCUGCUUAGCUGCUAUUGGUACAGGCCUGAUACUUGUCUAUUGUCAUGAUGGAUCCCCUUCUCUGGGGUCACAUAGGCGGGGUCGGCUGUCAAAUGGCGUACACCGAUCCAUUAGGCUCCGCCCAUGGCGCACGUGUGAGCAAGCACAGGUGAGCCUCUCCAAUGCCAUUCUGCACA